CUACCUUUCCGAGGCAAAUUUGCUGCUGUAAUUGGCAAACUUGACCCUGUCGAAACCGCGGUUGGUCUUGGCUACAACUUACACUGCUGUCUUUAUCGGUGAAUCAUUUCGACAGUCCGAGUUGUAAAUGUUUAUCAUUUUGAUGCUUUACUGCUGCUUUCUGGGAAGGGUUCCAGCGCUUGCCGAAACUGGUGGAGCGAGGCAACUGAGCCCUGAGAAGAGCGAAAUAUGGGGACUUGGGCUAAAAGCAAAUGUCGUUCUUCCCGCCCGUUAUUUCUAUAUUCAGGCUGUGGAUACAACAGGGAAUAAAUUCACAUCUUCUCCAGGUGAAAAAGUGUUCCAGGUUAAAAUCUCUGCACCAGAUGAGCAAUUCACUAGAGUUGGAGUCCAGGUAUUAGACCGAAAGGAUGGAUCCUUCAUAGUAAGAUAUAGAAUGUAUGCAAGCUACAAAAAUCUGAAGAUAGAAGUUAAAUGUCAAGGUCAACAUGUGGCCAAGUCCCCAUACAUUUUAAAAGGACCUGUUUACCAUGAGAAUUGUGACUGCCCUCUGGAUGAUAGUGCAGCCUGGCUACAGGAGAUGAACUGCCCAGAAACCAUUACUCAGAUUCAGAAAGAUCUGGCACAUUUUCCUACUGUUGAUCCAGAGAAGAUUGCAAUAGAAAUCCCAAAAAGAUUUGGUCAAAGACAGAGCUUAUGCCACUACACCUUGAAGGAUAACAAGGUUUACAUCAAGACUCACGGUGAACAUGUAGGUUUUCGAAUUUUCAUGGAUGCCAUACUACUUUCUUUGACUAGAAAGGUGAAGAUGCCAGAUGUUGAGUUUUUUGUUAAUUUGGGAGAUUGGCCUUUGGAAAAGAAGAAAUCCAGUUCAAAAAUCCAUCCGAUCUUUUCCUGGUGUGGCUCCACAGAUUCCCAAGAUAUCGUGAUGCCUACCUACGACUUGACUGACUCUGUCCUAGAAACCAUGGGCCGAGUAAGUCUGGAUAUGAUGUCCGUGCAAGCCAACACAGGCCCUCCUUGGGAAAGCAAAAACUCCACAGCUGUCUGGAGAGGGCGAGACAGCCGCAAAGAAAGACUUGAGCUGGUUAAGCUCAGUAGAAAACACCCAGAACUCAUAGAUGCUGCUUUCACCAACUUUUUCUUCUUUAAACACGAUGAAAGCCUAUAUGGUCCCAUUGUGAAACACAUUUCAUUUUUUGAUUUCUUCAAGCAUAAGUACCAAAUAAAUAUUGACGGCACUGUGGCAGCAUAUCGCCUACCAUAUUUAUUGGUGGGUGACAGUGUUGUGCUGAAGCAGGACUCCAUCUACUAUGAACAUUUUUACAAUGAGCUACAGCCCUGGAAACAUUAUAUUCCGGUUAAAAGCAACCUGAGCGAUCUCCUAGAAAAACUUAAAUGGGCGAAAGAUCAUGAUGAAGAGGCAAAGAAGAUAGCUAAAGCUGGACAAGAAUUUGCAAGAAAUAACCUCAUGGGUGAUGACAUAUUUUGUUACUACUUCAAACUUUUCCAGGAGUAUGCCAGUUUACAAGUGACUGAGCCCCAAAUCCGAGAGGGUAUGAAGAGGGUAGAACCACAAACCGAGGAUGACCUCUUUCCUUGUACUUGCCAUAGAGAAAAGACCAAAGAUGAACUCUAA